AUGUCCCUGCUUUGGAAACUCCAGAAGAGCAAGCCUCCAGAAGAUGCAUGCAUGCUCAACAGAUUCAUUUACGAUGUUUCUUCUCUUCAGGAGCGAUUACUUCAGUUUCCUGUGGUGAAGAAUCCUAGUGUUGUGCCUGCGACGGGCUCGUCAGAAAAGAUGAAGGCGGGUGACCCCCCGGAGGAUAAGGGCAAGCUUUGA